GCUCACAAACGCGCUUCCUUCCCAAAUACCAUUAAUUUAUUAAGUUAAAAACAAAAAUGGAUUGGCUCAUUUUCGUCAAUUAGAAAAUAGACUAGAUUAGCAAACUCUCUUGGAGACCAAAGCAUCGUUUGUUGAUGGAAUUGGGUGAUGAAUUGAUCGAAGGUAUCGAUUGGGAUGCUUUGUUGGAGUGGGAGCCCCCCGUUCUCACUACUGAUUCCUCAACUUCUUCACCCUCGUCCGACCCUUCGUCCUGGAUCGAUGAGAUUGAAAACUUGUUGAUGAAGGAAGACGAUCAGGAGACCACUGAUCCCAACCCUGACCACGAAGAAGACAACGAAUUUUGUCAAAACUUUCUUGCAGAUAUACUUGUAGAAUCUCCUGCCAACGAAUCUGAUGAGGUCCACACUGCCGCCGAGAAUGAUGCCAACGUUUUUAGCGAUGGAAAUUGUAAUUCCGGGGAGGAGGCAGUAGCUACUGAGGCCGACAACCAAGACGCCGAUGAUCCUGUCUCCAAAAAACGCAGAAGGCAGGUGAGGAAUAGAGAUGCGGCUGUGAGAUCAAGGGAGAGGAAGAAGAUGUAUGUGAAGGAAUUGGAGAUGAAAAGCAAAUAUUUAGAAGGAGAAUGCCGAAGAUUGGGGCGUUUGCUCCAAUUUUGCUAUGCAGAGAAUCAAGCUUUACGCAUUGCGAGUAGUAGUUCUUACGCGUUUGGUGGUUCCACCACAACCAAGCAGGAGUCUGCCGUGCUCUUCUUGGAAUCCCUGCUGUUGGGUUCCCUGCUAUGGUUAGUAGUGGGCACCAUCACAUGCCUGUUUACCCUGCCACUCACCCCUCCUCAACAAAAACUACUACUAAAUCAAAAUCAAGAACAAGAUCUAAGAAAAUCAAGAAGUGAGAAUUAUGGGUUUUCAAUUCAAUCUUUUGUAAAGAGCAGGAGAUGCAAAGCCUCCUGGCCCAAGAUGAAAUCUCCACCAACCUUUCAAUUUCAUGCUUCUCUCCAAGUUUUUUAAUAUGUUCAGUAAUAUGGAGCGUUACUUAAAAUAACUUUUAAUUAUAAUUAGUACAGUAUUUGUAUCUGUAUUUCUUGCUC